CUCAUCAAAGGCCCUCCCUUUCGAUCUUUUCCUCUUCGAUUCGCCCUAAGAUUCUCUUCGAUCUGAUCUCUGUAGAAUCUCACAUUGAUCUCUCUCUCGAAGAAGAAGCUUUUGAUUCCUCUGGGAAUGAAUGUUACCCUAACUCCGAACCAGAGCUAACAACACAACGAUGGCAGAUUCAACCAAGGAGAGGAGAUACACAGUCGGAUACGCUCUCGCAGCGAAGAAGCAAAACAGUUUCAUCCAACCUUCGUUGAUCGAACACUCACGGCGACGUGGCAUUGAUCUAAUCAAACUCGAUCCGACGAAACCGUUAUCAGAGCAAGGUAACCUCGAUUGCGUAAUCCACAAGCUUUACGACGUCGUUUGGAAACAGAAUCUAUCUCAAUUCCGCGAGAAGUUUCCACGUGUCCCCGUCGUUGAUUCCCCCGAGGCGAUUGAGCGGUUACACAAUAGAGUCUCGAUGCUCGAAGUGAUUACUCAAUUGACCUUUCCCGUCUCCGAAAGCGAACGUUUCGGAGUCCCGAAACAGGUCGUUGUGAUGGAUGAGAAUGUGUUGAGAGGUGAUGGAGCGUUAGGGGAGCUUAAGUUCCCGGUGAUAGCUAAGCCGUUGGAUGCAGACGGGAGCGCGAAGUCUCACAAGAUGUUCUUGAUCUACGAUCAAGAAGGGAUGAAGAUACUUAAGGCUCCCAUUGUGUUGCAGGAGUUUGUGAAUCACGGCGGUGUGAUCUUUAAGGUUUAUGUUGUUGGUGACUUUGUGAAGUGUGUGAAGAGGAGAUCUUUACCUGAUAUCUCUGAGGAGAAGAUCGGGACGGCGAAAGGUUCGCUGCCCUUUUCGCAGAUUUCGAAUUUGACGGCGCAGGAGGAGAAGAACAAGGAGUAUGGUGAGGAUAGGAGUUUGGAGAGUGUGGAGAUGCCUCCGACGAGUUUCUUGGAGGAGUUGGCUAAGGCGAUGAGGGGAUCUAUGGGGCUUAAUCUGUUUAACUUCGAUGUGAUUAGGGAUGCGGGGGAUAAGAGUAGGUACCUUGUGAUUGAUAUUAACUACUUUCCUGGGUAUGCUAAGAUGCCUUGUUAUGAGCCUGUGUUGACGGAGUUCUUUUGGGACAUGGUCACAAAGAAGAAUCAUGUCUGAGAAGAACAAUAGCAGGAACGUUUCUUAGGGAGGAUUUGUGCACAUUGCAAUGUGUAACGGAGACAUCUCAAUCUGUCCAAUGGUGACACCUAGCUGCUCUGCUGAUUUUUCAUUUGGAUUCUUGAACCUGUGCUUUUUUUCUUUUUUAAUUAUUAUUAUUUUGUUAGUUGUUUAUCUCUGGUUUACUUCCAAGUUUUGCAAAGCCUUGUUCAAAUGCUUAACUGUUGCCUACUCUUGAAUAGCAUUGGAUUUCUAAGUUCUUGGCCAUUUAGCUCUGUUUCUCAAUUCUUGGUACUUGGUAGUGGUGUAGAGAGUGGUUUCUCUGUAAACCUUUUAUAGCGUCUGUUUCUCAACAGUCUGUCAAGAAUGAGAUAGUUGAUUGAUGAAAAUGCAUUACAUCUUUGUAAGUUGUUGAUAGUUAACUUCCCUAGAUAGUGCUUUCCAUUCUCGUUAUUCUGAAGUUGUUUUUAUUAUAUGAAACGAGUGCUAAGUAAGCUCUAUGUAUCCGUCUUCUCAUAUGAACAAGAGACAUGAAACUGGUUUGCAAGAUAUCAUCUCC